AUGGAGCACCUGCAGACAUUCUCAGCCGUGGCCAUGGGGUUGUUAAUUUAUUUGUCACUGUUCAUUACCACUGCGGUCGCGGUAUCAAUCGAUGCCUGUCCAGGAUACAGCGCCUCGAAUGUCGAGGAGACAACCAAUGGGCUCACAGCUGAUUUGACACUCCUUGGUGAGCCGUGCAAUGUCUACGGCAUAGACGCGCCCGAGUUGAAACUUGUGGUUGAGUACCAGACAGACAAGCGGCUACAUGUGAAGAUUUACGAUGCGGGUGAAAAAGUUUACCAAAUCCCCGAGUCCAUCAUCCCUAGACCUUCAAAAAGCGGCAAGAAGAUCGAACAAUCCGACUUGGUUUUCGACCUCAAGGCAGAACCUUUCUCCUUUACAGUGUCUCGGCGCGACUCAAAGGAGGUCUUGUUUGAUACAAGCGCCGAAAAGCUGAUUUUCGAGUCUCAAUAUGUUCGGCUGAGAACAAAUCUCCCCAAAGACCCAAACAUCUAUGGCCUUGGUGAGCAUUCCGACUCUUUUCGACUCCCUACGAAUUCCUCCUACCGAAGGACCAUGUGGAAUCGAGAGGCAAUCGUGAUCCCGCAAAACACGAACCUUUAUGGAAGUCACCCCAUGUAUCUUGAGCACCGAAAAUCCGGCAGCCAUGGUGUUUUGUUGAUGAACUCGAACGGGAUGGAUAUUGACCUUAAUAUCACACCCGAGGGCGACCAUUACCUCGAGUACAACACGAUUGGAGGCAUUCUUGACUUUUAUUUCUUUGCUGGCCCCACCCCGACAGAAGUCAGCAAACAGCAUGCUGAAGCGAUUGGUCUGGCAGCCAUGAUGCCAUACUGGUCUCUGGGUUUUCACCAAGCCAAGUAUGGCUACUGGGACGUCAACGUGUUAGCAGAAGUCGUGGCGAACUACUCGACGGCCAAUAUCCCACUGGAGGUCUUGUGGAGUGACAUUGACUACAUGGACAUGCGCAAAGACUUUACCACAGACCCCGAGCGCUUUCCCAUGAGCAAGAUGCGAGAGCUCGUCGAUACUCUGCACAAUCGACAGCAGCAACUGGUCAUGAUGCUAGACCCCGGAAUCAGCACCAACAGCAGCUACGAGUCUUUCCAGCGAGGCCAAGAAGCAGGUGCCUUUCUCAAAGCCGCUGAUGGUUCCAAUUACCGAGGUGUUCAAUGGGCGGGCGAAGUUGUCUGGCCAGACUACCACUCUAAAGAGGGCCAUGACUGGUGGGUUGACGAGAUGGAAAGAUUCUUUGACCCAGAGACAGGUCUUGAUAUUGAUGGUGUUUGGAAUGAUAUGAACGAAGCGUCCAACUUUUGUCCCAACGUUGACUGCGAUCCUGCAAAGCAUGCAAAGGAUACAAACACGCCUCCUCAACCUCCCGAGAAUCACAGGCCUCGACCAAACACGGGGAGACCAAUCCCAGGAUUCCCGGACAGCUUUCAGCCCAACAGCACAUUAGCGAAGCGGCAGGAUGCAAGCAGUGAAUGGGAAAAGGCCCUUGCGCAUAGAGAUCUGUUCAAUCCACCGUACUCUAUCCAGAAUGCGAUGGGAAGGCUAAGCGAUCGAACCAUUUACACCAACAUCAGCAACCACGACGGCACCGCGCAGUACGACACGCAUAACCUCUACGGCCUAACCAUGGUCAAAGCAACUUACGACGGCAUGAUCAAGAGGAAACCCGGCAAGAGACCCUUUGUCUUGACUCGGUCAACCUUUCUACACUCCAGUGCAUGGUCUGCCCACUGGUUCGGCGACAACCGGUCUUCGUGGGCUCACUACCGUAUCUCGAUAGCCCAGAUGCUCGGCUUCACGGCUGUACACAACUAUCCCAUGGUGGGAUCAGAUGUCUGUGGGUUCAACGGACGGGCAGAGGAAAACAUGUGCUCUCGCUGGGUUCUGCUUGGAGCUUUUAUGCCAUUCUUCCGCAACCACGCCGAUGUUGCCUCCACAAACCAGGAGUUUUACCUCUGGGAGUCUGUCACUAAGGUGGCUCAAAAGGCCAUUGACGCUCGGUAUAGACUGUUGGAUUACAUCUAUACGGCACUACACCACGCCAGUUCUACAGGCGUGCCCAGCGUCAACCCAUUAUUCUUCAUCUAUACGUCCGACAGCAACACGUUUGGCAUCGACACACAGUUCUUUCUAGGAGACUCUCUGCUGGUAUCCCCCGUUGUCGAGGAUGACUCUCAGUCUGUUACUUUCUAUCUACCAGACGAUCUCUUUUACGAUUUCUGGACGCACAAACCUAUCCGUGGUCAGGGUGAGCACGUCACAGUGGAUAAUGUCGGCUUCGAUGAGAUUCCCGUAUACAUCCGCGGUGGAAGCAUCGUGCCGCUGAGGAAUGAGUCAGCCAACACGACUGCAGAGCUUCGAAAGAAGAAUUUUAAUCUCGUGGUUGCGCAAGAUGAAAAUGGUUAUGCGGAAGGAUCCUUGUAUCUCGAUGACGGUGAGAGUAUAGAAGGCAAGUCGUCAGAGAUCAAGUUUGUGUUGGAGGACAACAUCCUCACCGCCAACGGAACGUUCGGAUACCGUUCUAGCCUAGAGGUCGAGAGUAUUACCAUUCUAUCAGAAAAGGGCAGUGGCACAAUAUCUUUGAAGGAGAGUCUGGAUAGGCCAUUUGAAGUGCAGACAAAGAUUGAAAGGAGAAUAGUAGACCAGCAGGGCUCACUGCCCUAG